AUGGUACGACGUCUUAUGCGCAGCCAACGCGUGUGGUGGUGGAUGGGCUCACUAAUUUUAGGUGGAGUAGGGCUCGUGGCCUUUGGACCUGAGCUUAAACUCGGUAUGAGCAAACAUACGGCCGAAGUGGCGUCUCGCUCGCUGCAGGACGAGACACUAAGAGGUAAUACACGAGAACUGGCUUCCCAGAUUGUACAGACAGUGCUUAAUGAUCCCAAAGUGCUGCAUCAAGCAUCUGGAUUUCUGCAGAGGCUUGUGGCGAUGGAAACGACACGUGAAGCCCUGCGAACGCUGGUGAUUUAUACGCUAGACGAUCCAAUGACUCGAUUGCAGGUGGCGGACCUGACCAAGCAUACAAUGGCGGCGCUACUAAGAGAUCCCAAGACGUUGCGGCAAACUGUAGACUUGCUGCGCUCUACCGUAGGGGACCCACAAGCAAAAGAGGCGUUGCUGCUGCUGUUGGAGCAGAUAAUGCGAGACGAUCAAAUGCGAGCACACUUGACGCAAUUGUUGGCACAUACUUUCUUGCAAGACGCUGUGAAGCAAAAUGUUGGCAAGACGCUUAGUGAUUCGGUGCAUGAUGUUUUGAGUCGAAAGGACGUUCAGAAUCACGCCAAAGAGUUUGUGAGUGGCGUGGUUCAAGACCAAACCGUGCAAGCUCAAGGCGGAGAGGCGAUUUGGGGUACUUUCAUGUACGCGCUUACGCCUAGCUGGCUCUCGUGGAUAUGGGAAAACCCGAAUGAGCUGGCCAACGAUGGUGCACCCAUAGCUCUAGCAACAGAGGCUGCGAAGGUCAUAGUCGCUGCGACAGCCGCUGAAAACGAGCUGGAAGAGGAGAUGAAGAAUGAUGAAGAUGCAAAGGUCUUCACGUCAGAUAGAAAAGAACCCUUCAAAAAGCACAUCAGAGCUUCCAAAGCUGUCGACGACAAAUACGAGGUGACAACUACCACGCUGUCACACUCGGAUACUACUGAACGAGAUAAAGAUCGGCAUUGGAACGGUUCUGGCAGUGGCUUCGAUUGA